UCAUUUUCUGUGAAUGCGUCUCGACAUCCCGAUUUCCCGUGAUAUCUCAUACGACCUGCCUAUCUGAUCCAGCCCCACUGCGCCCUGCGGACAUAACGCGGCUUAUGAAAAUUGUCCCAGCAACUACGCGUCGCAGCUUACCGAUCAUCGCCAUGACAACUCUGAAGAGUCAUACUCGUACGUGAAAGAGCUAUAGCUAAAGCUCAUUCUCGCACGACUCCAUGUCUUGAGUAGCGUUCAACGUCUUGACGUUGCAAGCCAGCACGACCCCGCCGCAAUGACCCCGAACCUCCCACGCGACGAGCAUGUCCCUGCGAGUGAAACCACCCCACUCAUACCAAACCCCACGAACGACGCGCAGACACUCAACGUAGAAACUGGCAUCGCACCAGAAGGACUCCACGCAGAAGAUGGAGGAGACAUAGAACGACAAAUCAGCCAUGGCGACGCGUUCAAGCACCAAGGCCUGCCCGAAGUCAGGAAACGGAUGAAAUAUAUAUUUCCUGCUAUUGCUAUCGGAGUCUUCCUCUCCUCCGCUGACCAAACCCUCGUAAUAACCACAUACGGCACCAUCGGCACAGACCUACACGCCCUCUCCUCCACCUCCUGGAUCGCAACCGGCUACUUCCUCACGCUCUCUGCCUUCCAACCCCUCUACGGCAAGCUCUCCGAUAUCUUUGGUCGCAAACAAUGUCUGUUGUCUGCGUAUCUGAUCUUUGGGGUUGGCAGCGUGGGAUGUGGGCUUGCGAGGAGUAUUGGGGAAUUGGUUGCUGCGAGGGCUUUUGCGGGGAUAGGCGGCGGUGGGAUGAGUGUGUGUACGAGUAUUUUGCUGAGUGAUAUUGUGGGAUUGCGGGAGAGGGGACAGUGGCAGGGCUAUGUCAAUUUGGUGUAUGCGUUUGGUGCUUCGGCUGGGGCACCCCUCGGCGGGUUACUCGCGGAUAGCAUUGGAUGGCGGUGGGCAUUCCUGGCACAAGGUCCGAUGUGUGCCGCAGCCUUCAUUGCUGUGUCAUUGGUACUUGAUCUCCCAGAGCAAGACCACUCGCACUGGAAAGAGAAGAUCAAGAGGAUAGACUUCCUGGGCGCGGUCAUCCUGAUCUUUGCCGUCUUCGGUUUACUUGUCGGUCUCGAUCGCGGCUCCAACGUAUCCUGGAGUAACCCCAUUACCAUUGUCGGUCUCGCUUCUACGCCGCUGUUCGUCGUCUUUGUGCUAGUCGAGAAGUACGUCGCAAGUCAUCCCUUCGCCCCAGGCCGGAUCAUCCUCAACAAGACGCUCUUCGCAUGCUAUCUUUGCAACUUCUUCUCUUUCGGGGGAUGGCUGGCUGCCUUGUUCUUCAUACCGCUCUACUGGCAGGUCAUGGGCGACUACAGCGCUUCCAAAGCUGGACUGUUCCUUGUCCCUUCCAUCAUCCUCGGUGUUAGCGGCUCGCUUUUCAGCGGCUUUUACAUGAGGCGUACCGCGAAGUACUACUGGAUCACCGUCAUGGCGUACACGAACCUCACAAUCGGGCUCUCAUUCCUGCUCUUAUUCGCUGGUAUAAUAACCGAGAGCUUACCCGCGAUGGUGGUGGGUACAUGCGUAUGCUCUUUUAGCAACGGCAUAGGAGUAACGACGACACUCAUCGGCCUCAUUGCGAAUGCCUCCCACACCGACCAGGCUGUUGCCACCGCUUGUUCCUACCUUUUCCGCUCGCUCGGGUCAGUCUUCGGUGUUUCCAUGUGCGCUACGGCGUUCAACCAGACACUCCGCAAAUCUCUCCAGGAAAAGCUGCAGGGUGACGAUGCGGCUGAGAUCACGGAGCGUGUCAGGGCGGGAUUGGCUUACUACAGGGGUCUGGAUCCGGCACUCAAGAGCAUCGUCCGGGAGUGUUACGGAAGAGCUACUAGGGCGGCAUUAUGUGUAGGCAUUGUGCUUGUUGCAGGGAGCGCCAUCUUUGCGUGGUUUAUCAAAGAGAAGAGUCUUGAAGACAGCAAGAGUAGGAGUGUUGAGCCGGAGGAAUCUGCAGAGUGAAGCAGGGUUCUAGGAGUCGGAGGCCUCCGAAAGCGUCACUGGGAUGGCAACAAUCUGUCUCUGCUCUUCUUCUGAAGAGCUAUAUGAUGCAACUAGACGCAAAUCUAUACUAUCCCUGGAAACUUUUGAGGUGGUAGAAGAGGCAUAGGGUGUAUUCUCGGUGUCUUUGAGGGUGUCGGGAUCUGACUGUCCUGGACUCACCGCUCGUGCUGGGCAAACAUGACUUAGUAUCACAGUAGUGCGUAGUUUCCACGACAGUGUCUUAGGACUCA